AUGGUCUCUCGCUGGGCCGACGAUGAAGAUGAUGCUGCCCUAGAAGCACAACGCAAACAAGAGAAGGAACAAAAGAAACGCGCAAAGGCUGAGAAACAACGCAAACAACAAGUAGCCGACCAAGUGCGACAACAACAGCAGCAACAAGCUGCCGAAUCCGACGAUAGACCAUCCAAGAGAAGACGAUUGUCGCCAACACAAGACAAGGAUCAACCGCGUCAACUUGUCCGCUUCAAUGCCCCAUCAUGGCAACCCGCUCGUACAAUCGACAGCUUCGAACGACUGAACCACAUUGAAGAAGGCAGCUAUGGCUUCGUGUCGCGCGCAAGAGAGCUGGCUACUGGAGAGAUCGUCGCAAUCAAGAAGAUGAAGAUGGAGCCAGGCGCUGCACAAAACGGUUUUCCUGUCACUGCUUUGCGCGAAAUCCAGACAUUAUCUGCUGCCAAACACCGACACAUUAUUGAUUUGAGAGAAGUCGUCGUUGGCGAGAAGGGCAACGUCGACGACAUCUUCCNNCUGGUUAUGGACUUCUUGGAACAUGAUCUUAAGACGCUCAUGGAUGACAUGGAGGAACCAUUUCUACCCAGCGAGGUCAAGACGUUGAUGCUACAGCUCGGCAGCGCCAUUGAAUUCUUGCACGAUAGGUGGAUCCUGCAUCGUGACCUGAAAACUUCAAAUAUCCUCAUGAACAAUCGAGGAGAAAUCAAAAUCGCCGACUUUGGUAUGGCCCGUUUUUGCGGCGACCCACCACCACAAAAUCUCACUCAACUCGUCGUUACUCUCUGGUAUCGCGCUCCAGAAUUGCUGUUGGGUACCACGACGUACGAUAGCAGUAUCGAUAUGUGGAGCGUUGGUUGUAUAUUCGGCGAACUGCUCACCAAUGUUCCAUUGCUACAAGGCAAGAACGAGGUAGACGAGCUCAGCAAAAUCUUCGAGCUUUGUGGAGUGCCUACCGAUGCUUCAUGGCCUGGUUUCAAGCGCUUACCAAAUGCCCGCUCACUGAGAUUACCACGCAACGCACAAACCACUGGUUCAGUGAUACGCUCAAAGUUCCCAUUUUUGACAAAAGCAGGCACUGAUCUGCUAUCUGCCUUACUAUCCUUGAACCCAGCAAACAGACCUUCAGCAAAGGAGCUUAUGGAACACAGUUACUUUACCGAGGAUCCGCGGCCAAAGAGCACAGCCAUGUUCCCUACCUUCCCUAGUAAAGCUGGCCAAGAGAGAAGACGUAAACACAGAACACCCAAUGCGCCGAUUCGUGGUGAAGGCGGUGCUGCUGCAUCGGACUUUAGUGGACUGUUUGCAGGACGUGAUGAUGAGGAAAUUGGCGGUGGCUUCCAGCUGAAAUUAGUGUAG